AUGGCUACCUUCGAACUUCAGGAGGAGCUGCAAGGCCUGCAGAAUCUCACCAGCUACGAGAUACCUAAUGAACAUGAUAUCAGCUUGCUCGAUGCCCGUUCCGUCGUCCAUGUCCUCGAGAGCGCGGUUGAAGCACUAGCUGAAUCCUCUGACGCCAUCACUGAUCUAAAGGUGUUCGAUACAUACCGCAGUCUCCUCAAAUAUUCAGAGGCUCUUCAGGGCCCCUUGAUGAACAAACUACUCGACUCAAUCUCAUCAGCUUUCCAGGCACAAGUCGACGCCACUAUACGCGACGUCGACCACGAGGACCAGCAAACGGUCAUGUCGCAUAAGGCACCACUGGAAAUGUACGCGUUCUUGCUUCAUUGGUUUGUUACUGCUGCAGAGAAAGUGAAAGCUUCGGGAGAGGAAGAGAAUGCCCAAACCGCACCCGCUCCUAGAGCUAGGAGAGGACGCGGAGCCAAAGCAGGUUCUUCAAGAGCUGUUGCCAGAAAGAAUACGGAAGAAUGGACGUGGAUGGAACAAAUUCCACCGACAUUGGCUCUCAUUGGCAGAGUUCUACGGCUUAAAACGCAGCGCAUCUGGUUGACGACUAUUGAGAGGGACACCUUCAUAAACUGCAUUACUCGACCUGUCUAUCACGUCACCGAAAAUGAACAGUAUAUGAAGUCACAGCCUACACGGCUUGGCGUGUACAAGGUGAUCUGUUUGGCUGUCAAGCACCAUGGACACGCUAUGGCCGCCCAGAUCAGCAUCAUGCAGUCUCUGCAGUAUUAUGAGCAUCUUUCUGAACCUAUGGCGGAAUGUCUUACAGUACUUGCAAAGGAGUUUGAUCAUGCGCAGUUAGGCGACGAAAUUCUGCGAGAAAUUGCGGCGAAAAGCUUCAGCGCGCAGGAUUCCAAAGGCCCAAGAGCAUUUUCGCGAUUCUUGGUGAAGCUGGCAGAACUUACGCCGCGGUCUGUACUCAAGCAGAUCAGUCUGCUGCUUUCUCAUCUCGAUUCAGAGUCAUAUCCCAUGCGCGUGGCUAUUGUCGAAGUCAUCGGAUGUCUCAUUCGGGAGCUUGCUUCUUCUCCCGACCUUACGGCGGACGAACAUCAGACACAGAAACAGCUUAACGGGCUGUAUGACCUUUUACUCGAGCGUACCCUUGAUUUAUCGUCGUACGUGCGUACGAAGGUCCUGACGGUUCUUGCCCGUUUGUGCGAUUUACCUGUCAAAUUUCCGAAACAACGGUUGGCGAUCACACAAGCCGCAGUGGAGUCGCUCGAAGACAAGGCUUCGAGCGUUCGAAAGGCCGCCGUAACGAUGAUCGUGAAGCUCAUUGUUACUCAUCCAUACGGAUUGAUGCAUGGUGGCCUUUUGGGCCUCCGAGAAUGGGAAGACAGAUACAAAAAUGUGUGCCAGGAGUUGCAGGUUGUCGAGGGUGUUGUGGGUAAAGCAGUCGAGCGAGAAGGUGAUGAGGUCGGAGAGGAUGAGGAGGGCGAAGAGGACGACAAGCGCGAAGAAGAAGAAGAAGAUGAUGACGAAUUACACAAUGACGAAAAAGCACACGGCGGUCCGAGCACGCCAAAAAGAAAAUUGAAGUCCAAAAAAAACAAGAGGAGGGUUGAUACCGACGACGAAAUGGAAGUAGAUGAGGACGAUAAAACCGCAAGGAAAGGUGAUGAACUUGAUGUCGAUGUUGAGAUGGACGAUGCCGAGAACGAAGGAGAGCCUAAGACACCCAAGAAGUCAAAACUCAAGAAACGUCCUAGAAAAUCUGAGCUCGAUAUGGCUGCGCUAAGCAAUGAACAAGCGGCCCUCGCCGCUCUGGAAAGCAAUCAGCUACUACAUCUUCGGUUACGGAAAAAGUACUAUUCAGAGGGUCUCAACUUCAUUCGCCAAGUUGAAGAGGGCAUGAAGACAAUUCAGCGGCUGCUUGCGUCGACGAACAAACUUGAAGUCCUGGAGGUCAUCGAAUUUUUUAGGGUGUCGUAUGAGUAUCAGUUUGAAGGCGCAGAAGCCGGCAUCAAGCAAAUGUUACAUCUUAUUUGGUCGAAGGAUAAUAAUGCGACGUCUGAAGACGGGAAAGAGCUCAAAGGUGUACGCGCACGCCUCCUAGAAUGCUACCGGAGUCUCUACUUUGACCCUCUUCCGGAUUUGGAGCCAAAGCAGCAGGUUAACCGGAUUGCUAAGAAUAUGAUAGAGCUGACAUACGACGCGACCCUCGCUGAGCUCACAAGUCUUGAAGAGAUGAUGCGGUCGAUGAUGGAAGACGGUCAAAUUCACAACGACGUGAUUAAUAAGCUAUGGCAAGUCUACAGCUCGGAAAGGCCACUUCCCAAAGCUCAGCGGCGGGGCGCUAUCAUUAUUCUAGGUAUGCUGGCGCUCGCCAGGAGAAGUGUGGUAGCGGACCGGGUGGAGACACUGGUCAAAGUGGGAUUGGGAAGUUUGGGCAAGGCUGACUUGACUCUAGCCCGAUACACGUUCGUGGCAUUACAACGAUUGAACGGAAGCGCGAAGAAAGUGAAAGGAUCCUUACUUGACAAAUCUCUGAGGCUGGAGAUGGACAAUCCGCUCUUUCGCAAGUUGCAGGAUGCCAUUGAACACCCUUGCCGUUCAAAGGAGUGGUUCGGAAUGACAGAACAGGCAAUCGAUACUGUCUAUGCUUUGGGCGAGCGUCCAGAUAUUCUAUGCGACAGUCUUAUUAAAAAUCUCACCCAACGUGCCUUCGGUGGGAAGGGGCGCGCGAAAACACCUCAGCCUCAGGAGUCUGAAUCCAUGGAUAUGGACAAUACUAGAGAGGAGUCCGCCGAUCCUACUUUAUCCCAAUCGCAGACACAAGCCAAAGACGAGAAUGAUACUGGUGAUGCAUUCGCGCUCAGCCAGCUUCUGUUCGUCGUCGGGCAUGUAGCGAUCAAACAUAUCGUGUAUCUGGAGCUUGUUGAGAGGGAAUGGAAACGACAAAAACAUGAGAAGGAAGCAGCCGAGAAAACCGCUGGCGAUCGGAGAAGUUCGCUGCGUUCGAAAGAGCAGGAAGAGCUUGAUCAAGUGGCAGGCAACGCUGAAGAUGAAAUUGGCGACCGAAUAGCCACGAUCAGAGAAAGUGAAUUGCUGUACGGCCCGGACUCAUUGUUAUCAAUUUAUGGACCAAUGGCCGUACAUAUCUGUGGUAGUCCCCAUAAAUUCAAGAAUCGGACGCUACAGGCAGUCGCCACGCUCGCUUUCAGCAAAUUCCUUUGCGUCAGUUCUCGAUUCUGUGAUGAACACUACCCGUUAUUAUUUAAGAUCCUCGAAUCGUCGAAAGAUGCCAACAUUCGCAGCAAUAUUGUUAUCGCUCUUGGAGAUGUUGCAGUGUCAUUCAGCAGCAUUAUCGACGAAAACAGCCACGAGUUGUAUAAAGGACUCUCGGACGCGAAUCUUGUUGUGAAAAAGAACACACUCAUGGUACUGACGCAUCUGAUUCUCAACGGGAUGAUUAAAGUGAAGGGUCAGCUCGGUGAGAUGGCAAAAUGUCUCGAGGACGAGGACGAACGGAUAGCCGAUCUGGCGAAGCUUUUCUUCUCAGAACUCUCGACAAAGGAGAACGCCAUCUACAACAAUCUUCCUGACGUCAUCAGUCACUUGUCCGUGGGCGCUCAUGCGGUUGAUGAGCCAGUCUUUCAGAGCACUAUGCGAUAUAUCUUUACGUUCAUCGAGAAGGAGAAGCAGGCGGAGAAUAUCGUGGAGAAGCUAUGUCAGCGUUUCCGCCUUACGGAAGACCCACGACAAUGGCGCGAUAUCGCCUUCUGUCUUUCUCUCUUGCCUUUCAAGUCUGAACGCUCCGUCAAAAAGCUCAUUGAAGGUCUUCAAUUCUAUCGUGACAAACUGCACGAGGAGACCGUAUAUGCUCGGUUUCAGGAGAUUCUCACCAAAGCCCGAUCGAACAAGUCGCCAAAUAAGCCUGACGCCGAGCUCAACGAAUUCUCGAACAUUCUUGAAGAACACAGGCGGCAGGGCGAGGAAGAUCAAGCAUUCGAGAAACGAGUCGAGUCGAAGAAAGCUGUCGCCAAGAAACGCGCCACUCGAAGAACGGCACGGAAAAAAGCAACACCAAAAUACGAAGAGGAUUCAGACUCAUAA